AACUUCAGCGUCUGCCAGCCCCGCGUUGAGAAGAUCUGGAAUGGAACAGACACUGAGGGUUUUACACGAGAACAGAUCGAACAGUUUAUCUACUACGGGCCUGUUAUGGGGAUGAAUUCUCUAUUCAAUCGCAGCGCAUUUGUUACCAUCACUACAGAAGGUUGCCGAGUUCUCUGUCAAGAUCCCAUCGAUUGGUACUGGUAUCAAGAUAAAAAUUUGGCACUCGGAAUCACUUCCAAUUGGGUCUUGCCAAUCAUCGCCUUGCUCGCGGCACUUCCUUACGAAUCUCAGCACGUCAGAAAUGACGGCGCGCCCUGGCACGAGGGAAGGUUGGCGAAGACGCUGGCCGCCCUCCUCAACUGGCUCGGCUCGCCCCAGACGGCUCUGGCCGCGACUCUGUUCAAUAUCCACCAGAUUCGUAAGUGUAUGCACGCAACGUUGCCGUCAGGCAUGGGCAUUUCUAGCGACAACGAACUCCAACAGGUGAAGCGGGACGCCUACUACGUCCUCAGUGUUCUCGGUCAAUUCAAGCUCAGGUCACCCGACCGCCUGCACGACAGGCUCCUGGCGGUCUUAACUUACGGCCUGUUCCGGCCUCUAAUGUCCGGCGGCACGGAGCUAGAUGCGCCCGCGGCGCAGUCGAAAACCAGGGAGCUCCUCCAGGAGAUGGCCUUCCAGCUGCGGAUGCUGCGCCGCCGGGGAGUCUACCCCUCCUUGGUCAGCAUUUUCGUCUUCUUUGUCGCUUUCGGUGUCUCGUUGGUCUUUGCCUUCGCUGAUCUCGGCGAGCGGACAACCGCGCAUUCGCUGGCCCUCGGCAUCCUCGUUAGCUGGCUGCCACUGAUGGUUUUGUUUACGAUCCUCGACCGCAACCCAGUGUCAGCUGAUCGGACCAAGACACUCUUCGUCCGGUGGCUUUGGAAUGUCGACGCCGUCCAGAGAUGGGCGGCAUUGCAAAGUCAAGCACAGGACGCCGGCGAGAUUGACUGGUGGUCGCAAGAGAAAGAGAAUGAGUGUAAAUCUUUUACAAAAUUUGUGUGCCAGCAACAAGCGAGACAAGCCGAUGAUCAGGGGGGUGAGAGCACCGAACGGCAGUCUGGAGCUGCCAGCUAUAUAUUGGAGUACAUCGAACAGCCGGAAGGCGCUCUCUUCGACCACGAUAUACUGGAGUUUGUUGGACAGGGCCGCGAGAUAGGCUACCGCGGCCUCGCUCAUGCCGUGUUGCUAAGCGUAUACGACAGCCACUCCGACGACAGACAGAUGCGACCCCCGGACGAGAUUGCCAAGCAAGCCGGGAGGAAGCUGGCGGGGCACAGACCGGGAUCGUGGCGGCUGUUAUCUCUGGUGUCGCUCGGCCUGGUUUGGGUCGAUGUCGGCAUGGCGGCCAUGAUAGCGUACAACACCCCGACCGUUGGCUGGGGCUGUUGGUCGGGCUCGUACUUGACGUACGGUCUUCUCAGCACGCUCCCCUGGGUCCUCCACUCCCUGCCGGGGUUCAAGCAUCCCGGGCUGUGGCUACAGGCAUUCUGCCACCUGCUCAACGUCGUCUCGACUUUGUCGCUGAUCUUCAUCCUUUUCGCCCAUAUUAGUGGUGUAUUCAACGAUUGUGUAUGCAAGUCGGCCCUGGCCGGCUAUAUGGACUUUGCGAAUUCCGUCUUCUACAGGGACUACUUUGAUGUCGCCAAGUGGUGGAAGAGAGGCGCUAUUGUCGGGAUUGUGCCCAUUUUUGGGAGCUGUCUCGCCUCAAUCCUGCUGCUCAUGAGGCUCAAGCCGCUGUGGCAAGCCUCCGAGCAGCAAAGUCCACCGGCGUGUGCUCGUGGCACUGACAUGGGCUGGCUCAGAUGACAGGGCAAGCGGAGGAGAGAUGUCCGCGGAAGCCUGCGAGGUCUGUGUCAAAAAAGCUGGGUCAUCUUACAAAGUGCUGGGAAAUCAGCCCAACACCAACAUGA